AUGGAAUCAAUCUUCGAGAACGAUUCUUAUCUAUUCGACCCUUCUUCAUCGUCUCAAUAUGAGACAUCGAAUUUCCUAUCCUUCUCCUCUUUCUCCGAACAACUAUCGACCUGGGAAGAUUUUAAUCUAGAUUACAAGGAACCACCAGCUAGAUCAGUUUCAGACGCUUCUUCACCUACCCUUUCAGAACCAUUCGACUUCCCCUCUUCCUCCUUCGAUCCUCUAACACCAGCCGAGACGAGCGAAAUUGGCAUCUUCCAUACUCCCGAAAAGAAACUCGCCAACGCAGGUCAAGAUCAAACUGCUUUUUUCUCACAUCGAUCAUCAGGAUCAACAGACUCUUGGGGAGAACCUACAACACCUUCGUUAUCCGGAAAGUCUUUCGCUGCUUUGAGUGGAAACAAUUUCACUCCAUCGCAGAGUACGCCUGGGUUUUCCUGGGACGAAGCUACACCUACUUUCAGUGGUUCCUCCUAUACUCCUCCAACUCCUGCUUUUCAAGCUCAACCCCACCGAGUAACUUCCAAUCCCGUGUUGAGUACGACAUCUCGACAACCUAGGACAUUAAAUAAGCCCGCUUCGAUGCCUGUACUGAAAGAAGAAGAAACUCCCUCUAGUCAGUGGUUGGACGGUACGAGCUUUUUAGAAGCUCCUCUGGAGAUACCAAAUGCUGUUGCCGAUGUUCCAGUAAAUGCUCAGGAGUUAGAUGAUUUCGUCUGGAACUUGAAUGAUCAGACACUGGGAUUCGACAACUUCUCAACUCAGGAUACCAUCUUCGCUGCAUUUAACGAACCAACCAAUGCGGUACCGAUGAUGCAUUCCCAUUCUCACACUGGUGUCUUCCCUUCCCAAACACCAGAAUUCAUUUUCCAACCCUCGUCCUUCCAGUCCGACUUCCCAACUUGGAUGUCCGGUCUACCUGCAACGCAGGACGUUGUGGGUUUCGGACAAUUCGAGUUAACUUCUCUUAAUCAGAACCAAUCAAUGGGGCUGUUACCGGCCUUUACGAUAGAUCCUACCACGAUUAUGGGUACGAAUGGCGGUAUGGUAGAUGAAGAUUCAAGUAGACCGUCGUCCGCUCCGGGUCUGAAUGGCGGAGAAGAAUCAAAGGGGAUGUUGAGCGUGCCUACCGCGGAUGUCAUGAUGAGGAGUCUCUCCUCUGAAGGAUUCGUCCCCUCAAGACACGCUCCACCUCGAGAUCUCUUCUCGUACGCACCACAGCCAAUCCCUUCAGGCCCGCCCGGACCUCAGCCUCUAUACACUUCCGACCCAUCACCCUCAUACCAACAAUUCGCUCCUUCGGCUCUAUCAUAUGGUAUGCCACCGACCCCUACUCGAUCAUCCUCGAGGAAGAUGUCAAACAAUCUUUCUGUCAAGAUACAUCCUCCUGCUUCGUCCACCUUCGUUCCUUCACCUUUACCACCUACACCCCAAUCAGCUACUUUCCCCACUUCUUUCGCCGCUGCUCAGAAUCAGCCACAGCAGCAACAGCCCAUUGCAAUGCAAAGAGCGGGUACUCAGCCCUUACCCCAAACCAGAAAGUUGUCCGGUGCAGGUGUUGCUCAGCCUGGUUUACCUGCUCAUCUUGCUAGAGCUCAGGCGAUCGUCCAACAGCAAGCAGCUAGAGAAGAAGCUGAACGAAAUUCGAUUAGAAGGGAAGCUGCUUCUAGAAGAGUGGGUAUGGCCGAAGCGUCAGUCAUGCAGCCUACCAUCUCAGCUACGAGUGGUAAGAGGACUCAACCAGCCAUAAUGGGAUGGGAGGGACCAUCAGCUCAAACUGGUUCUUUACCCGUUUUGACUCAUACACCACUCGUCACCGUUCAUCCACCACCUGCUCAAUACCUCGUUACAGGUGCUCCAAUUCCUGUACAUCGAGUACACCCACCCCCUCAUCCUGGAACUGGAGCAGCUACGAUUGGUCAACCAAGACAAAUCGCCAGAUUACCUUCUUCUCCUGCGCGAUUGAGGAAAGCCUCAAGCUCCAACCAGCUUACUCCAACUAGAACCACACCUAAAUCCCGAUCACCUUCGUCAGCUACGAAACGAAAGGCAUCUGCCGCUGGGGGGUUCACAUUCGCCGACCCAUUCAUCAAUUUCACUGCUGAUGAUGCUCAAAAGCUUUUAUCGGGUGUUGCACCAUCGGGUAGUCAGAGUAAGAGGAAGAGAGAGGAGGAAGCGGCCGCUAAAGCUGCUGCUGCUACUAACUCUUCAAGUGGGGAGGAGGAUGAAGCGAGGAGUAAGAGAUCGAAGAGUAAUGAAUAG